AUGAAAACCGCAAGUUACACUAACAAGAUAAACUUUUACACCGACGAAGAACUGCGGCUUGAGGCCAUUACUUUGACAGAGACAAGAUUGGACGCCGCGUACAAGCAAUUGAAUAUCCACGUUCCGGGAGCUGAAAAUCUCAUCAAGAUCACGAAACAACUCAAACACCAAGGUCUGCAAGCAUCCGAAAAGUCAAGUCUCAACAAAAUACUCAAUGGCGGCAAUGACCAUGAUAUCAACGUGUACCUGCGCACACAAAGCAACGAAGGGAUCAUAUUAAAAGGACUGCUACUUUUAGUAGCUUUGGCGCAUUUAUUCAACCUUCGUGUGUAUUAUUUUUCGACCAGGAAGCAUGCACGGAUCAUUAAUCCUUCAGGCAAGAAGUUAGUGGCGGUACUACACCAUGUCGACUCGUACUUAUGCACUUCUACACAAUGGUUCAGCUUAGAAGACACUCCUGACCACAAAGUACCCAAAGAAAAACAAAACAAGCAAAAACCAUCUGCACCAUCAGCAAAGUCGGCCGCAACGUUAAAAAUAAAGGGUGAUGAAGAGGAGUCUUCAUCUCUGGUGCGCACGGGUGUCAGCAAGGAAGAAAUCAUGACGACGUUCAAGACGGGAAUCCAGAAAUAUGUUCGGCAACUCAUCGACUCGGCCCUCACAAAUGCAGUCAACGCGGAAGAUGCCCUGACCGCUUUAAAUCAAUAA